GAUAAUCGGUGCGGACCAAGAGGAAGUAGUUCUCGAGGAUUUCGAGGACCUUCUUCCACCCUUCUUGCUGCCCGAACAGGCAAGCAACAGCAACAGCAGCCACAUGACCUCGCGAACUAGUAGCCAGGCUGGCUCAGUCAGUUCGUGCAUUUCAUCUACGAAGCCGGACGGUGAUAAACCAUCACCAUCACCAACAACAGCAGCUGAAAGUAAUGGCACGGCAACACCCAUUACCGACGACUGCUCAGACUGUUCUAGCGACGUGAUCAUAGUGGAGGAGUGUGAGGCGGUCGAUACUGGUCGUGCUGGUCGCGCGACAAGUAGACGUCAGUCCUCCCGAGUGCUACGUACCCGUUCGCUGAACACUAUUCAGCCAGCACGCCCUGCUGCCUCCACAAACAGCUGCUUGACCCGCAAAAAUCGCAGAUCUACCCUCGUCCCGAGUAAGCGACCCCUGAAAACUAGUAUCCGUGAGACCGUUGAGGCUGCAACAAGUCAGCACGACUCGACGACCACAGUCCGGCGCUCUACCUCCAUGGAUGCGAAGCCUUCAAUGUUUGUGGACCAGACGUUACUAGACAGUGACACGAAAUGGUACAAAACUGUGCCACGGCCAGGCUCUGUUAGACUGCCACGCGUACAUGAUCUCAUCGAUGGUGCUGCGCUUGCCGGAGCAACUCUUUUCGCCAGCGGAAAGCAAUCGCUCCUUCUGCCGCAGCGAGCCAACCCUGUUGCCAACGGUGGAGCGGCAUCUGGCCGAAGGAAAGGC